AUGUACCCAACAAGAUUACUACGGGCCUCUCACGGUCCCGAGCCCAAUAUCACAGGCUUCGACAUUCGCGCCUUUCGCAAGGCCAGCGGGCAGCCACGGUACGACCCGUGGGAGCGGCAUGAGGCAUGGCGUUACCGGGGCCAGUUCACGCGGUGGAACCGGUUCAAGGCGGGCUUCCCCGGCCUGGGCAUCGCGACGGUGGCGUUUGCAGCGUACUGCGGCUACGAGCACUUCUUCCUUAAGGGAGACGACCACGCCCACGGCCACGGCGAGGAGCACCACUAG